AUGAAAUUAGCUAUUCCAAAUAUGAUUUGGCAUGGAGAAAAAGAAAGAAUAAUGGCAAUUGCAAUUCACCCAUCGUAAAAUCUAUUGCUUACAGGAGGUUCAGAUUCAAGGAUUGCAGAAAAAGAUAAUUUAAGUGAAGAUGUUGGAGUCAUUAAAAUGUGGACAAUAAUAGAAAAUUCUAGUAAAAUUGUUGAGUUUGCUGGAGCAAUUAAUUCUGGACAUGAAUAAACUGUUAAUUGCUUAAAAUUUUCCCCUAAUGGCAAAAAUUUUGCAUCUGGUUCUGAUGAUUAUAAAAUUAUAAUCUGGAAUUAAUAAGUUAGAUAAACUUUUGGUUAAUCUGAACCUAAAUUAUAAUGGUGGCCUUUUUCAAUUUUAACUGGUCAUUGCAAAGAAAUAUAUGAUUUAUAAUGGUCAAAAAAUGGUGAAAUUUUAGUUUCUGGAGGUUUAGAUAAAUAUGUUAUUGUUUGGAAUGUAAAGAAAUAAAAACAAUUAUAAACUUUGGAUGGCCAUACAUCUUAUGUUUAAGGUGUAACGAUCGAUCCAAGACUUAAAACUAUAGUCUCAUUAAGUUAAGACAGAACUGCUAGAGUUUGGAAAAUAUUGAAAGCUUAAAAAAGAAAUCUUAAUAAUCUAUAGUUUUAUCCAUAACUUGUGGUUAGAAAAUUAGAAAAUGCUUAAAAAGUAGAUUCAUAAUAAUCUAAUUUAUAAGAUUAAUAAUAAUAAUAAUAAUAAUAAUAAUAAUAAUAAUAAUAAUAAUAAUAAUAAGAAGAAAAAAAAUAAAAUGGAAUCUUUUUAGGAGAAACUAGUUUAUUUACUUUUGUUAGAAGACCAGAUUGGAGUCCUGAUGGAUCGUUUUAUAUUUUACCUGCUGCUGAAUUUUGGGUUGAUAAUAAACCAAUUAUGGGAGCUUAUGGAUUCUUAAGAUAAUCUCCUUAAGUUCCUUGUUUCUUUUUACCUACUAAUACUCCAGCUUUAGUUAUAAGAUUUUGUUCAAAAUACUUUACAAGAAAUUAAGAUAUUCAAUAACCUUUGAUAGAUUUACCAUAUAAAAUGAUUUUUGCAAUAGGAACAAUUGAUUCCUUAUUACUUUAUUCAACUGAUAGUCCUACUCCUAUUGCUAUUUUUGGAAAUCUUCAUUAUGCAUCUAUUACUGAUAUUUGUUUUAGAGGUAUUUAAUAUAUUCAUUAAAUAUAGGUUCCAAUUUGAUUGCUAUCAGUUCAUGUGAUGGAUUUUGUUCUUUUGUUUAAAUUGAAGAAGGACAUUUUGGUUCUGAAGUUCCUAUUGAAUGUAUAAUUAAUUUCUAAAUUAGAACUACCUGAAUAUAUUAAAGUGUUAUAUAACAAUGAUAAAAUAGAAGAAGAAGAUGUUUCAAAAAAAAAUGAAGAAUCUAAAAAAUAAGAAAUUGUUACUGAAUAACGAGUUGAGUUUAGAGAAACUUAGGAUGGAAAAAAAAAAAAAGUUAUUAUACCUAAAACUUUAUCGAUAGAUUAAUAGAAUUAGAAAUGA